AGUGCCAACCAGAGUCAGAACAGAAUUGUAUUGGCAUUGGCGCUAGUUUAUUAGAUAAAAUCUUAUUUUAAUUUAUAUUGAAUUAAAUACGUGUGUGUUUUCUAAUGUAAAUUUCCAAUCAUAAAAUUUUUGUUACCCGCUUAAAUUGUUACAGGUAUUCAAAUGGGAUAUUUAACUUAAAAGCCAUCUGGGCUUCGUAAGAAGCACAUAUAUUUUGGUUGUUAAGUAUUGAAUGGCUAUGUAUUACUACGCAAGUAAAUUGAAUGAGGCGUCAUGUAGUGGAUGCAAUGUGAAGUUGCCACCCCCACCAUCUGAGCCUGCUCCGCCACCACCUGAUCAUUCUUCUAUUACACCCGAUACUACGCUGCUCCACGGGACUGGUCUCUCUUAUUAUGAUAAUGAUGAUUACUAUUCAAUGGUAAGAGGAAACAAAUUUAUGUCUGAAAAUAACUGUAAACACACCACAAUGAAUGGUGGUAUCAAUUUUUCUAGUGCUCAAACUGCUGAAGCACCCCAGUUGGCAGCGGUUGUGGCUCCUACUGUAAGGUCAGCUAUUUCAUAUCCUGAGAAAACUGAAGUUGAGUAUAAAGAUGGGCACCUAGCGAGUGCUACAUUCGACACUUUAGUGGAAAUGCUGCGUCCUGGAGCCAGCAAGUCCUUCACCUUUACAUUCAUACUAUGCUCUCGUUUAUUUGCUAAACCUCAUGAGCUGCUAUCUAAAAUAUCUAAAAGAUAUUUCAAAAGUUAUGACAGUGUGGGCAACAGUGAGACAAGGGAGUUGUUGGAAAAGGAGGUAGCCGAUAUGGCGUCAUUAGUACGGGUUCUAAGUCAGUGGACUGCUAUGUUUCCAUAUGAUUUCCGUGACGAGAGGGUUAUGGCACUUGUGAGGAGUAUUACCCAGAGAUGUGCAGCAGAACAUAUGUCAUCUAUAAGGUCAGAGGUGUCUAGCAUGCUGGAGAGGUUGCUUGACAAGUUAACAGCCCUUGAGCAGUAUGAAGAGACCCUGGUAGAGAUCCCACAGGUCAAUAGUGUUGAUCAAAUUCCACUGGGAGAUAUCCUCACCCUUGGUUUGACACCAGUUGAGCUUGCAAAUCAGCUGACAAUGGUUGAACUGCAUCGGCUUUCAUUUGUCGGUCCGGAAGAGUUUGUGCAAACAUUUGGUCCUGGUCAACCAGGGCAGUCAACAUCUAGAAGGAACAUCAGCUUACAUCACGUCGAAUCCAAGAGCACGAAGAACUUAGAGGCCUAUGCUGACUGGUUUAAUAGGCUCAGCUACCUUGUGGCUACAGAUAUUUUGAAGGCGGUAAAGAGCAAGUACCGCGCUAGGGUGAUGGAGCAGUGGGUGAUGACUGCGCGCGAGUGUUUCAAUUUGGGCAACUUUAACUCGCUCAUGGCUAUCAUAAGCGCGCUUAAUAUGGCACCAGUUUCGCGUCUUAAGAAAACUUGGAGUCGUACAAGCGCUGUCUGCGGCCAACAGCUGAGGCAAUUGGAGCUUUGUGUCGAGCCCAGCGGUAAUCAUGCCAGGUACCGGGCUGCGCUGGCCGCAGCCCCCACUGAGACUGCUGUGCCCCUCCUGUCUGUCACAUGCAGAGAUUUGCAUUUUGCAAAUCAGGUUUCGCCUACAAAAUUGCCCGGCAACAGAGUCAACUUCGAGAAGAUGUCGCUGCUGGCGCGUCACGUGAGCGCACAGCUCGCAUCACGGCGCCUGCUCGGGGACGGACCGCCCACCACGCCGCCCACGCCGCCAACGCCACACGUGCACAUCCCCGCCUGGCGUUUCCUCAGCGACCGCCCCACACUCGCCGAGUCAGCACUAGAACUCGUUUCAUUCGAUCGAGAACCGCCCGUCGAUCAUGUCGAGAAGGAGCGACUGAAACGUCUCCGAGGAGCCAUGUGAGGGUACCGCCGUUAAAUUGUAAAAUAAAUAUAUUUUAUUUUUUGUCAAAUUGUUGAAUAUCGAAGUCUACAUCCUUCUGAACUAAUGAUCUAUGCAAAACUAUACCAUGUUCAUUUCCAAUAUGAAAUGUUUGUCGAAAAAGUAUUAUUUAAAGACAGUAUACUAUAAAUU